UGCGCGCGCCCGGGGAAAAGGCGGAAGCGGAAGUCGGGGGCGCGCCGGUUCGCAGCGGGGAGCGCAGCGGCGUCGGGUCGGGGUCCUGGGGCGCCAUGGGGCGCGGCAGCGGCACCUUCGAGCGUCUCCUAGACAAAGCUACGAGCCAGCUUCUGCUGGAGACCGACUGGGAAUCCAUCCUCCAGAUCUGUGACCUCAUCCGCCAGGGGGACACACAAGCAAAAUACGCAGUGAGUUCUAUCAAAAAGAAAGUUAACGACAAGAAUCCCCACGUGGCCUUGUAUGCCCUCGAGGUCAUGGAGUCUGUGGUGAAGAACUGCGGCCAGACGGUCCACGAUGAGGUGGCCAACAAGCAGACUAUGGAGGAGCUAAAGGAGCUGUUGAAGAGGCAGGUGGAGGUAAAUGUCCGAAACAAGAUUCUGUAUCUGAUCCAGGCCUGGGCGCAUGCUUUCCGGAAUGAGCCCAAGUACAAGGUGGUCCAGGACACGUACCAGAUCAUGAAGGUGGAAGGACACGUGUUCCCAGAGUUUAAGGAGAGCGAUGCCAUGUUUGCUGCAGAGAGAGCCCCCGAUUGGGUGGAUGCCGAAGAGUGCCACCGCUGCCGGGUGCAGUUCGGGGUGGUGACCCGCAAGCACCACUGCCGGGCAUGCGGCCAGAUCUUCUGCGGCAAGUGCUCCUCUAAGUCCUCCACCAUCCCCAAGUUUGGCAUCGAGAAGGAGGUGCGCGUGUGCGAGCCCUGCUACGAGCAGCUGAACAAGAAAGCGGAAGGAAAGGCGUCGUCCACAGCGGAGCUGCCCCCAGAGUACCUGACCAGCCCCCUGUCCCAGCAGUCCCAGCUGCCCCCCAAGCGGGACGAGACAGCCCUGCAAGAGGAGGAGGAGUUGCAGCUGGCCCUGGCCCUGUCUCAGUCAGAGGCUGAGGAGAAGGAGAGGAUGAGACAGAAGUCUGCCUACGCCGCUGCCACGUACCCCAAAGCAGAACCCGCGCCCGUGGCCUCGUCGGCGCCCCCUGCCAGCAGCCUGUACUCCUCGCCAGUGACCUCGUCGGCGCCUCUGGCUGAGGACAUCGACCCUGAGCUUGCCCGGUACCUCAACCGGAACUACUGGGAGAAGAAGCAGGAGGAGUCCCGGAAGAGCCCCACGCCGUCUGCCCCCGCGCCCCUGACGGAGCCGGCUGCCCCGCCCGCGGAGGGGCACACAGGCCCUGCCAGUGCGCUGGAGACGCCCCUCCCGGAGACAGACUCUCAGCCCGUGGCCCCCUCCAGCGGCCCCUUCGGCGAGCAAUUCCAGAACGGGGAGUCGGAGGAGAGCCACGCGCAGUUUCUGAAGGCCCUGCAGAACGCUGUCACCACCUUCGUCAACCGCAUGAAGAGCAACCACGUGCGCGGCCGCAGCAUCACCAACGACUCGGCCGUGCUGUCCCUGUUCCAGUCCAUCAACAGCAUGCACCCCCAGCUGCUGGAACUGCUCAACCAGCUGGACGAGCGCAGGCUAUACUACGAGGGGCUGCAGGACAAGCUGGCGCAGAUCCGCGAUGCGCGGGGGGCCCUCAGCGCCCUGCGGGAAGAGCACCGGGAGAAGCUUCGCCGGGCAGCUGAGGAAGCCGAGCGCCAGCGCCAGAUACAGCUGGCCCAGAAGCUGGAGAUCAUGCGGCAGAAAAAGCAGGAAUACCUGGAGGUACAGCGGCAGCUGGCCAUCCAGCGGCUGCAGGAGCAGGAGAAGGAGCGGCAGAUGCGCCUGGAGCAGCAGAAGCAGACCAUCCAGAUGCGGGCCCAGAUGCCCGCCUUCUCCCUGCCCUACGCCCAGCUCCAGGCCGUGCCCGCGGCCGGGGGCGUGCUCUACCAGCCCUCCGGCCCAACCAGCUUCCCAGGCACCUUCAGCCCAGCAGGCUCGGUGGAGGGCUCCCCCAUGCACACCGUGUACAUGAGCCAGCCUGCGCCCACUGCCGGCAGCCCCUACCCCGGCAUGCCUGGGGCCGGAGCAGAUCCCGGCAUGGUGAGCGCCUACAUGUACCCAGCAGGAGCCGCCGGUGCGCAGGCGGCCCCCCAGGGCCCGGCCGGACCCACCGCCAGCCCAGCCUACUCCUCCUAUCAGCCCACCCCCACGCAGGGCUAUCAGGUAGGCAGGUGGGGCCGCUCCCUCUCCCGGGGAGAGGACCCCAGCCUUUGUCCCGUCACGCCCUUCCCUCCACAGAACGUGGCCUCCCAGGCCCCACAGAGCCUCCCGGCCAUCUCCCAGCCUCCACAGUCCGGUGCCAUGGGUUACAUGGGGAGCCAGUCGGUGUCCGUGGGCUACCAGCCAUACAGCAUGCAGAACCUCAUGAACACCCUUCCCAGCCAGGACACACCGAUGCCGCCCCCACAGCAGCCCUACAUCUCAGGGCAGCAGCCCAUGUACCAGCAGAUGGCGCCCUCAGGGGGACCCCCCCAGCAGCCACCCCCCGUGGCCCAGCAGCCGCCCGCACAGGGCCCUCCGGCACAGGGCAGUGAAGCCCAGCUCAUCUCCUUUGACUGAUCCCCAGCUGGGAGCUGGCCAUCCAGAACAACACUACGGUUCUCUGAAACCCCCACCUCCGUCUCUAACUAGCAUCGUCCCGCCUUGCUCUCCUCUUACCGCCAUGUAGUGUCCCUGCUACAGGCAGGGGGUGGCCCUUCCCCCUGGCCCCUUCCCCCUUUCUGUCCUCUUCUGCUGACUCCUCGUGCUCCAGGCCCUACCCUCAUCCCCAUCUCCCUGAGUUGGGUCUCUGACCUCUUUCCCCAGGGUCAAGCCUCAGAGGGUGGGAGGGAAGGACCUUCUCUGAGAGGGAGCCCCCAGCCCAGUGUGUCAGGUCCUGUGAGGGCUGCUGGAGUGGGGCCCUUCUGUCCCGUGCAGCCUGUGCCCUCCCAUCUGCACCGUGAGCCUGUGCAGCCUGUGGUCUGACUAGUGUGCGUGCCCCCCAGCGGUCAGCAGGCACUCCCAGCCCUCACGGGAAGGUGGGGUUCGUCUCCAGCUUCUCUGCUUUUGAGCUGCCAUCUCAUCCAGUGCCCUGAGUAGACGGAAUGGAACACUGAAAAUAAAACGUCUUUCAACAAGUA